AAGGCAACGGCUGAAGGAAGCACAGGAGUCAGCAACAUCAUCACGCUGAGUGUUGUCAUUCCAGCAUCAAAUACCAGAGUGGCCGCUGAACCUUUCCCCCCAGUCGCAUACGAGGGGUCACGCAUCGUUCUGAAAUGCACUGUCACAAGGGGCUCCCACCUGUCCUACAUCUGGUUUUUCAACAGGAUAAAAAGUAACAUCUUCAACCUCUCCUCUUUUCCAUCUCACUGGUAAUGAGCUGGUGAUGGAGCAGGCAACUCCAGAGCAUGCUGGCAACUACCCCUGCAUUGCCUGGUCCAUGGUUCAGGACAGCAGCAGGUUUUUAGGCAGCGCCGAGGUCAAGGUGACAGUCAAAGCUUAUGUAUCAAAGCCAAACAUCUCCUUCUCCAUCUUCAAAGAGGGAGACGGUUACCAAGGCAACAUAACCUGCUGGUCAACCAGAGGGAGCCAUCCGGUCAACUUUUCUCUCUCAGUAGAUGACAAAGAGGUGGGAUCCCUCACAGCCAACCAAUCCCUCACUGUCUGGUUCCUCGUCGCCAUGAUACCCGGGAUGGACAUGGGUGUGGCGCGAUGCUGGGUGAAAACUGAGACGCAGGAGUUAUUGAGUGAACCUGUGACUCUGGAAGUGGUCCCAGUUGGAGGUGACGUGACAGCGGAGGUGGAAUAUCUCUACAGAGCCGACUCCAAGCUUGCCGCCGCCAGGCUGAGGUGUGUGGUCAGCAGAGGAAGCUUUCCCCAAAUCUCCUGGCUCCUGAACGACUCAGUCCUUGCCUCCGCGACACAUGUGGACGCCCAGUCUCAGGAUGACCUGACUCACGUUGCCCUCGCCAACCGUGGACAGACACUCGUCCUCACUAAGCUCACCUCAGAGGAGUCUGGGUAUUACCGCUGCAGGGUCAGGAACAGCUAUGAUGACUCCGGGCCCUGGGUGGAGAGUGGAGAUGUGCUGGUCUGAGUCACAGACAGGAUCCUUUACUCCAUGCCUCGAGCUACAUCUUCCACUGAAACACCACCAAAGGUUUUCAUGAACCAGACAGAGAUCAUCACCAUAGCGUUCUGCUGCUUCCUUCUUCUCAUGUUGGCAGUUGGUGUGGCAUGUGUUUACAGGAUGUUCGACCACAACCAAGCUCAUGCCCACAUUGCUGAGACAAAUUCUGAUCCACUUCUUCUGACUGCACCCUCGUCCCAGUCGGGAGACAGGCAGGCCGGGGUCUCCUCUGCAGACUGUGACUGUGUCCUGAGUCAGACCAUGGAGAUCACAGUAUGACACGGCAUGAAGAUCCUGCACCUCUCGAAUCAUCACAUCCAUCACUUUGUGCAAAUAUUUAAUUUGAAUAUUGCAACUUGUUCUAUGCAUUCAGUACUUUUCCUGACUUGUAAAGUUACUUAUAAGAGACUGGUGAAAAAUUCAGUUAAAAACACACAGAGAGAUUCUAUUUUACAGCAUAACCACUGAAUACUGUCAAGUUUUUUGUAUUCCAAUAAAGGGUUUACUUCUAAA